AUGACAGACCUGAUAGUGCUGCAGGCUAAGUCUUAUCUUCCUCAUAUCCCACUCACUGUGAUUUCUCAGGGUGCAGAAGCUAUUGUGUUUGAGACAUCAGUGCAUCCAUAUUGUUCCAAACCUUCGCUACGGAACCAAAGUAAGUUUAUAAUCAAAUAUCGUCCUCCAAAACCUUAUAGACAUCCUAAGAUUGACGCUAGUCUUACAAAGUCACGUACUAUUGGUGAAGCCAAAUUUAUGGCUCUGUUAGCCCGAAAUGGUAUUCCUAGUCCUAGUUUAAUUGCAGCUGAUUUCCCUCACGGCAUUAUAUGGAUGGAACAAUUAGGCGGAAAGCUUCCUAAUGGUGAACCCAGUUCAUUAAAGAACUGGUUAUGGUAUCUAGAACGUACAAACAAUGCUUCUGAAUGUGUGUCCGAACAAGUCGAAAACAUAUGUCGUCAAGUAGGUAUAUUAAUUGCACAUUUACAUAUGUCUGAUAUGGUUCAUGGUGAUUUGACCACUUCCAAUAUUAUUUUGGAGGAUGGGAAACCUUACUUGAUUGAUUUUGGAUUGUCAUCUUAUUCUUCAAUGGCGGAAGAUAAAGCUGUAGAUCUUUACGUCAUGGAAAGAGCUGUUUUAAGUACACAUUCUGUAUAUGCUGAAAAGUACAACUUUUGGAUUUUGGAAGGGUAUCUGGAAGCCCAAAGAUCAUCCGGAGAUGGGAAACGUUCUAGAAAUGCUCUUGUUGAUACAUUGAGAAAACUUGAUGAUGUUAGAUUAAGAGGUAGAAAGAGAAGUAUGUUAGGGUGA